AGGACGCCUCUGUGGGGACGAGGGCGUCCCAGGCCGGGGUUCGGGGCCCGCAGAGACGUUGGAAUCCGGUGUGCUAGCGACCGUGUGGAUGUCGCCUCGAGCCUGUCGUCCUGGUGCUCGCCUGGGACGCGCGCGGCUCGUCUGACAGCGAGGCAGGCAUCCAGGUCCCACGCUGUCCCUGCAGGCGGCGGUUGUGUCCCGGACUGGUUCCCUCACUUCCCCGGGCCUCAGUUUCCUCGGGUUAAAGACAAGGAGGUGGUUCAGUAGCAUCCCGUCGGGCAGUGAAAUCCCAACUAUGGAAGGUCGACGGAAGCAGAAAUGGGCUGUGGAUCCAAGAAACACUGCGUGGAGUAAUGAUGAUUCCAAGUUUGGCCAGAGGAUGCUAGAGAAGAUGGGGUGGUCUAAAGGAAAGGGUUUGGGAGCUCAGGAGCAAGGAGCCACGGAACAUAUUAAAGUUCAAGUUAAAAAUAACCACCUGGGACUCGGCGCUUCUAUCAAUAAUGAAGACAACUGGAUUGCUCACCAGGAUGACUUUAAUCAGCUUCUGGCGGCACUGAACACUUGCCAUGGUCAGGAAGCAGCAGAUGCCUCGGACAAGGAAAAGAAAUCCUUUAGCCUUGAGGAAAAGUCCAAAAUCUCCAAAAACCGGGUUCAUUAUAAGAAAUUCACCAAAGGGAAGGAUCUGUCAUCUCGGAGCAGAACAGACCUGGACUGCAUUUUUGGAAAGAGACAGAGCAAGAAGACUGCUCAGGACGCUUGCGGUCCCACCACUGUGGAUAGCACUGAGGCCUCCACCACCACCACUAGCGCCUUCACAAUCCAGGAGUAUUUUGCCAAGCGGAUGGCCCAGCUGAAAAACAAGCCACAGGUGCCAGCUCCCAGGCAUGACCUGCCAGAGACCCCAGGGGAGUGGAAAAAGGGAAAGAAAAGAAACAAAGGGGCAGCAGUUAACAGUGUGGAGGAUUGUCCCCAGCCCAAGGCCAAGCGGUCUAAAAAGAAAAGGCAAGAAGAAGAAGAGGGCCAGGGACCUGUAGCCAACAAGGGAGACCAAGCAGAGAACCCGCCCAGGAGUCCCCAGAGGGACGAGUGCUCCGAUGUUCCUGUCGAGGCCGCGGGGAGCUGUGUGCAGCUACUUGAUGACCAGGAUGAUGCCCCAAAGCCCAAGAAGAGGAAAGACAAGAAAAAGAUUCAAAACUCGGAACUAGCAGUCGACACAGCACUAGACAAAGCGCCUGUGGUGAAGAAGAAGAAGAAGAAGAAGAAGAAGAAGAAAGCUUCCAGAUGAAUUCUUGCCAGCCAGGCCUUCCGACCACUCUGCUGUCAGGGCGCUGCCAGGCAAACACCCUGGCCCACAGUCAGGGCACAGUGAACCCCACGCAGCCAGGCACAUCUUUUAACAUGCCCAUGGGUUGCCGAGUCUCGCCCGCUCACCACAUCUUCCUCAAAUCACCUUCCCAGGAGAGCCGAUUUGAAUGUUUCAGAUCAUAGCUCCUGAACAAAUAAAGUCGUUUUUAAACUCUGAA